UCCAUCUCGACAUCCAUCUCGUCAGCACCAUGGACGUCCUCAGCCACGUCAACAACCUCCAGAACUACGCCCAGUCCCUCAAGUCCACCCAGAUCAGGCAUCCGGGAGAGUUCUUUGACUACCAGCGCGUCUCCCGCCCGAAAGACACCCAGGAGUAUCUCAAGCGCGCCAGCUACAAUGUUCGCUACUUUUCCGCCAACUAUGCCAUUGUAAUCUCUCUCCUGGCAGUCUACAGUCUCAUCACAAAUCCUCUCCUCCUCAUCUCUCUCGGAUUUCUCAUCGGUGGUUUCCUUGCCAUCAACCGCUUCGUACCUGAACCCAUCGAGUUCAAUGGCAAGACCAUCACCCCUCAAAACCUCUAUGUCGGUCUUUUCGUGAUCGGUAUGUCUCAUUCAGUCCCUAUGUUUCCUCGCUUAUAGUCGCCAUUCUAUACAGGCAUUCCCCUGCUGUGGUUUGCGGCCCCUAUCUCUACAUUCUUCUGGCUUGUUGGAAGCUCUGGAUGUCUUGUUGGCGCCCAUGCGGGUCUUUUGGAGCCUGGAGUCGAGUCCGAGUAUGCUGGGCUCGAUGCCGUGUAGGCUCGUGCAACGCGUUGGAUAUAGAGGAGUGGUUCACUAGAUAUGUUUCGUCUAAAUAUGUGGUCUUGUCGUCUAGCAUGUAUGACUGUGGUCCCGAG